UCAGGCUAGCAGUAGCAGCCAUGCCAGAUUCUACUAGAUAAGGAGGAGGCGGCGGCGGAGUCGCUUCGCCUCGCCGCAGCGGCCGUCUCCUCCAAUUCGUUUCAUUUCCCAACCAAAACCUGACAGAGAAACCGCAGGCGUGUACUCCCACCAACCAAAAAACCACACCUUUCCUCGCCGCCGGGGGCCUCCUCGACGCCGCCGCCGCCGUAGCUGGUCUCGUCCCCUGCUUCCUGCUCUUCGCGCCCGCCGGAGAUUUUGAAGGCGAAAUAAGGGAUACCCUGAUUUGUUCUGCAGGAUAAAGUUUGCUCAUUUACUUGCUGGGCAGUGGGGUGCCUGGGUGGUGGUAUACCAAGAAAGGAAUUUCUUGUACAUUUUAUGCUGUAUUUAACUCUGUUAUAAUCAUUUUUCCUCUGGCGUUUUGCAAUAAUGUCGGAAAGCGAGUUAGCAGUAAUAAAACCAGAGGCGUUGAAGACUUAUAUUUGGCUUCAGUGCUUUGAUGGUUCCAUACAGCAAGUGGAGGAGGAGGUUGCCAUGUUCUGCCCUAUGAUAUGUCAAGAAAUAGUGAAAAACGGCACAGGGCCUUCCAAAAAUCAUGCUAUUCCUCUCCCGGAAAGAGUUAAUCCGGCAAGUUUGAGUUUGAUUCUUGACUACUGUCGGUUUCAUCAGGUCCCUGGACGUUCAAACAAGGAGAGGAAGUCAUUUGAUGAAAAAUUUGUUAGGAUAGACACAGAAAGGCUGUGCGAACUGACUUCUGCAGCAGACAGUCUACAGUUAAAGCCACUGGUUGAUCUGACUAGUCGAGCGCUUGCUCGAAUCAUUGAAGGAAAGACACCUGAGGAAAUUCGGGAUAUUUUUCAUUUACCAGAUGACUUAACAGAGGAAGAGAAAUUGGAGCCCCUAAAAAAUAUAAACGAUGAUCCUAGGAUUCGCUUAUUGAAUCGAUUGUAUGCAAAGAAACGGAAAGAGCUCCAGGAGCGCCAGAAGCUAAAGGAUGUUCAAGUACAAGAAGAGCAAAAGGAUGAGAGAUCUUUGGAUGAGAUACUUUGUUUUAUAAAUGGGGAUGGAGAUGACUUUUUGACAGGUUCCGGAGGUGGAAAAACUGCCAAGAGUAAGAAAAAGAACAAAAGAAGGAAGGAUAGUGCUAAGAAUCCCCCAAAAGCUUACCCUGAACCUGUAAAUAAGGAGGGAGCUGGCUGUGUGGUUCCAUGCAAAGCGGAUAAUGGUAAUAUUUCUAUACUUCCUUGCCAAAGUUCAGAUGUGCCAGAUGAUGUUGAGUAUGCCUUUGAAGAUGCUGACCUUGAUGAUGGACUUGAUCCUGCAAUGAAAGAAGAGCUUGAUAGAGAAGUGGAGGACUUUGCCAGGAGGUUGAAUUCGGUUUGGCCUGAAAGAAUGCAUUUUGGGCAGGACAACAGAAUUGAAUCACAUAUUGGUGGUAAUUGUUCGCUGCAGAGAUUUUCUGGGUUCAAUCACAGGUGACUGUUAAGCUGGCAGGAUCAACCAGCAAAAGCAGAGGAAAUUUGUGCACAUACAGCUGCGAAGAGAGCGAAGACAAAACUGGCCACCUGACACUUGAGUGACUGCUUGUCGAAAAGCCUUGAUAACUCGGAACCAAGCAUCCGUUUCCCUUGACCAUUUUCUGGGCAGGGGGUCGCCUCGUUGAGAUGAAGUAUAGCGAGGUGAAAAAAGGUGAAAUCUUCGCUUGCGUUGUUUCUUUGGGAGCUAUAGGGAUCUGUUGACUCGUUUUUCCUUUUGCUGUGUUGCCAAUUUUCCUGAAUAGAGUGGUGAGGAUGGCAGUUGGAAUUCAGAUGUGUCUCAUAUUGGAACAAAUUCUGUCGAUUAAUUGUAUCUUGUCUUGCACAUAAAGACGUGGUUUCUGUUUGGUUCCUGGAAAAUCUGAGUCUGGAAUAUACCUCUAUGCAUCAGACUACA